AUUUUUGAAGGUGUUUUCGGUUGGUGGGAUUGGCGCGGGGUGACCUGGCGGUAAUGGCGGAGACGCGGAGCGCACCCGGAGGGAGCAGGGACUCCCCUCGGAAUCCCGGUUUUGGCCUACCAGCAAGGAGAAAGUCUGACAGAUUGUCGGCGACACAGAAAGAUGAAGGCUCACAGGCUCCAGUGGUCAAGCGUUCAAUUGUUCUGAAGAAGAUCGAACCCCAGAAAAAUGUGCUUGCUAAAUCCAUCACUGCAACACCGAGACGCAGCUCCCGGGUUUCCCCAAAGACCGUGAAGGAGAACGCCGGCGGAGAUUGGGCGAGUGUGGCCGACCAAGAGGCGGCGCGGGUCAGCGCCUCGCCCCCUGCCCAGGACGCCGAGAGAGGCGCGCUGAUGUCACAGAAGGUGCGGCGCUCAUACAGCCGCCUGAGCCCCUACGGCGUCCACCUCCCGAGUGUGGGCGGCGGGGCUUCGGACACCUCCACGCCGAACGGGGAGGUAGAGGGGGCUGCCUCCCGCAGGUCCCUCUUCGGCUUCGGCAGGCUCCUGGCCGGCGACACCGCACCGGGCGUCUCGCCAGUGAAACGCCCCCUGACCCCCGAAGUGGAGAAGCCUCUCCUUGCCGCCGGCUCCCUCGCCCAGCUGGACCUUAACAUCCCUGGCGUGGCCGUGGCCAAGGAGAAGAGGAAGAAACGCAAAGUCCCCCAGAUCGAGAAGUCCGAGUUGGACGAGUGGGCCGCUCAGAUGAACGCUAGCUUCGAAGAAGCGGAACGCUUUGAUUUGCUUGUGGAGUGAUGAGGAAGGGGAGCUGCUCGCUCGCUCUCUCUGGGCUCGCAGAACGCUUCAGUUUUCAGAUGGAUUCAAUGCAGCACGAGCCUUGACAAAACAGGACUGUCAAGAGAAGCGCCGAACUCUUUACCGGUAGAUUGUAGGGAUGUCGAAGGCAGAAGAGCCAGUCGGUCCACAAACUAUCUCUUGCGGUGAACAACUGCGGUUCCUUUUCAGGGAUAUGUCCGUACUCCUAUCCCCACGGAGCACUGCUGUUUGUAGACAUGCUUGUCAACGUAGAAUCUCCACUGCCGGCUGCUGCUGUCUGACAUUAACCGUUGCGGUUUGCUGGUCAGCGAGGUUCAAGUGUUGGUAUGUGUGUCCCUCUCUCUCCCUCUCUCUCCCUCUCUCUCCCUCUCUCUCCCUCUCUCUCCGUCU